AUGAAAAAAGACAAGGCCAACAAUGAUAUUCAUAAAGGUUUUAAUAAUUGGGGAAAUGGUAAAAAAUUUAAUAAUAGCAGAGAGAGAACUCAGGGGAAAAAUGGGAAUUCUGAUAUGGGAAAGGUCUUUCCUCACUCUCAUGUUGAAUGCAACACUUCCAAUUCGCCUGCUGCCUCCGUGGUUCGCCCUUCUGUUGUCCCUGGACCGGCUGUCGACCACCCAGCUGCUGCUGCAACUGAUCCGAUCACUCCUACUGAUGAACGCAAGUAG